ACUCCAUUGCCGGUUGUGUUAGCGGCCGACUUGCUGCGUUACGAUAGCUGCAUCUGCUGCACGGUGACCGCGGCUUAGUUCUUCGCUGGGUUUCGCAGAGGACAGGGGAACACAUUAUCUUCGUAAGCAGCUACCCACACGGUCGCCGAGCUGGGGAAGUCGCGCAAAAACGCUGCCGAUAUGACAGCUGUCCAGGGGGUCCUCUCUGCCGCCGAGCGUUCUGUGCGUUCGGUGUUCGUGGGGAACAUUCCCUACGAAGCUACAGAGGAGCAGCUAAAGGACAUCUUUUCAGAAGUGGGACCCGUGGUCAGCUUCAGGCUCGUGUACGAUCGUGAGACGGGAAAGCCCAAAGGUUAUGGAUUCUGCGAGUACAAGGAUCAAGAGACAGCGCUUAGCGCCAUGCGAAAUUUAAACGCUUUCGAUCUCAAUGGACGUCCCUUGCGCGUUGACAACGCCGCCAGCGAGAAGAGUAAAGAAGAACUCAAAAAUUUACAGGCGUCUUUGGGUGGCCCACCAGUCGAAAGUCCAUAUGGCCCAGAAGUGGAGCCAGAACGUGCACCUGAAGCUAUUUCCAAAGCAGUGGCAAGUCUGCCACCUGAACAGAUGUUUGAACUUAUGAAACAGAUGAAGCUGUGCAUUCAGAACAACCCUGGAGAGGCCCGUAACAUGCUCCUGCAGAACCCUCAACUGGCAUACGCACUGCUCCAGGCACAAGUCAUCAUGAAGAUUGUGGAUCCCCAGGUGGCCCUCAGCAUCUUGCACCGCCAGAACCCUACCCUUGCCCCACUAGGCACGGGCGCCCAGCAACCCCUGGGAGGCACCCAGCCUGCCGUGGUGGCCGCACCGGGCCCCAUGGUCACUGGGGCAGGGCCCAUGGUUGGGGCAGGGGGUGGGCCGUUAGUGGCAGGUGCGGGGCCUAUGGUUGGUGCAGCAGGGCCCAUGGUUGGAGCAGUGGGGCCUAUGGUAGGCGCAGGAGGACCGUUGCUGGGAGCAGGCGGUGCUCCCCAGCCCUUGGCACCACAGCCUUCUAUGGUACCACAGGGAAUGGGGCCCCAGUCAAUGGGACAGCCCUUAGUGCAGCAGCCAGGGGGAAUGGGUCCCUUGGGAGGGCCAGCUGGAGGUACGGGCUUUCCAGCCGACUCUCCGUUUUCAGACGCGGGAUUUGGUGCACCUGCGAGAGCAUCGUUGCUUGGAGAGCGACCGUCAGUACCUGAUCCAAUCAGAAGCAAUCCAUUUGAUCCCCGCGUGAUGGGCUCUCUGGGUCCUGGCAGGGGUGGACCUGACCCUCGCCUGGACCCUCGGGGUGACCGUGAUUUGCGUACCAUGCCCCCCAUGGGCGACCGCGACAUGCGCCAGCAGCCACACCUUGAGGACCAAGACCUGCGAACAGACCCACGCUUCCGACCCGGGGCGCCAUUUGACCCCCGCAAUCGUGGGCCCUUUAGUGCCCCUGGAGGCCCCAGGGACGACCCGCGCAUGGCAGCGGGUGGGUCUGGAGGACGCCCGGGUCCCCCUGCCCCAGCAGCAAACCCAGUCAUUUCUGCGCAAGACCAGGAGAAAGCAGCCCUCAUCAUGCAGGUCCUGCAGCUUUCAGACCAGCAGAUCGCAUUGCUGCCGCCGGACCAGCGACAGAGCAUCAUGGUGCUCAAGGAACAGAUUGCCCGCAGCACCCAGCAGCAGUGAGGCCCUAAUAAACAUCCUUGCUCGCCUGCGCCCAG